CAUCGCGUUUUCACACCUGUCACCCUAGGACACUGACAACCCGACACAAAGGGGAUGCUGUACUUUCACUGCUCCCUGUACUCUCAAGUCCAUAAAUGACCCAUUCGCUGAGAUCCAAGGAAGCCUAGGAGGCGACGGCGAGAGAAGCAAAAGGAGCAAGUUGAAAUUAGGAAACAAAGAGAGGAAGUCGUUACAUUUCACCUCCGCUUUUCGUGUCCCUUUCUGUACCAGUCGGUCAGGGAUGGUGAAACCAGUAACCUCUCUUCCCUGUGAUGAAAAGAACCUCCUCGCCUUGCCCUGCAUCCUCAGCAAGCCAAACAGCCAGUCCGUUAGACAAACAGACGCUCAGACAGUCCACAAGUCAGUCACUCCGUCAACCAGCCUGCUAUCGUCCAGCAACCUAUUACCUCACGCCAUGACUGCUCUGUCUGACCUGUUUUUAGGAACUCACUAAUUCAUGCCCCGGAGUGUGAGCGGAGUGGAGAUGAGAAAAAGGCAGGCGGCACACAUCGAGGCCCCACCCCAGCCCCCUGGACAGCCCCGACCCAACACCUGCUGCCUCUGCUGGUGCGGCUGCUGCAAGUGUCUCUGGAAUGAAGACAGGAUGGACAGGAGUGGACAGACCUGCACCAAGAUGGACAGUAUUGAAGCUGCAGAAGAACAACACCCCAGCCUAGAUGAGGUGCUGUCGUGGUCUCGGAGUUUUGAGAUGAUGCUGCGCUCGUUGGAGGGCCGGGAGGUCUUCCGUGAGUUCCUGCGCUCAGAGUACAGCGAGGACAACCUGCUUUUCUGGUUGGCCUGUGAAGAGCUGAAAAAGGAGACCAAUCCCACAGUGGUAGAUGAGAAGGCCAGGAUCAUAUACGAAGACUACGUGUCCAUAUUAUCACCCAAAGAGGUGAGUCUGGACUCGCGGGUCAGAGAAGGUAUCAACCAGAGCCUGGCAGAGCCCAGCAACCUGAUGUACGAGGAGGCCCAGCUCCAGAUCUACACCCUGAUGCACCGCGAUUCCUUCCCUCGUUUCCUCAACUCCACGGUUUACAGAGACCUCCUGGCCAACAGGAGGCGCACCUGCCUCGACACCUAGACCCCUCCACCCUUCCUCAUCGCCAUCCUACGCCAACAAGACUACUACUUAAAACUUCAAAUACUACUAUGGUGCCAGAAGUCGGGUUUGGAAAAUCUCUCCCUCUUUCUUGAUCGAAAAGACUGAAUGACAUCCGAAAUAGCUGGUUGUGUUUUUUAUUUAUAUUUUUUAAGCAAUUUAUAUCCAGUUCUCCACUGGAGCCAGGUCGGCCUUUGCUGGUUGGUUAUUGGUCAAUUUAAGGCCAUUAAUGCUGGCCAGUGAUUGUUUUUGCUAGCAAUUUAUGCUGUUCGUUUCGGUUGA